CAGCUUCAGCUUAGUUUCCGUGCAGGUUGCACGUCUCCAUCGUAUCCCCAUCCCGACUACUACUGUGACAACUUAUGGUUCUUUGUUGCCAAAUCGGGCUAGGAUAUAUAUCCCUCACCGCCCGAGCACCGCAUAUAUUACCGAUACGACUAGGUGGCGCUGGCGGCCUGUUCUCUAGAGUGUGAUCCACAACUAACUGUACGUCGUCGAUUGAAGCCUUAGAUGCCCCUCCCACGAUUCGAUUCCGUUCAUCAUGCACUGCACGACACGUCCACGUCUAGCGAGACGUCCCCACCAAACGAGGAUCCACUUGCCGAUGCUUUCUUUGAGACGGAAUCCGGAUGGAAUGUUUUGGAUGAUAUUGAGCCAAUCGAAGAUAACAAAAGUACCAGGUUCGCCACUGGAACCAGACCCUUUUUUCUUAAGCGAACCCCCACUACUUUCUCUACAUUCUCCAACUUCUCCACCGUCUCCGACUUUUCGACGUUUUCCAAUGUGAUUGAAAAGCACCUAUGGCUCCAAAUGGCCAGGAUCGCCGGACUGGGCAUUCUCUCACUUGUGCGGAAACUCGGCACAUCUCCUGCCUAUGAUACGGAAGCCCUCGCUGGAAGGGCACGCCAAGAAAACACGCAGGAAUUCAAAAGACCGCCCUUUCUCGCUGAUUUCGGUGAAUAUCUUCGCGUCAUCUCUGAAGAACUGCUGGAGUAUAAAAUCUGGCCGGAGAACUGUUGGAUGUUCUGUUCCCUAUUGCAAGAGCAUCUUGGAGGAUCAGGAGACGGGUAUUAUACAUUCGGAGCGCUGUUGCUCCCUACACUGCACCAUUUAUCCGAGGGAGAAUAUCGGAGCGAGCAGCAGCCCAAUGAAUCGGGAGGCUGCUUAGUAACCUAUCAUCAGAUUAUGACAGCAUUACAAAGUCCAGCUGGGUCCUUAAGCCAUUCAUGGAAACCCUUGAGGAGCGUGAAGCCAAGAGGUGGCUUGCUAAUUCAAUCACCAUAUUUCUUGCCAAAAUAUAUUCACCAUGACAUACGAAACAUCCUAAUGGGGAUCGAUGGCUCCUCACUUACCACGCACUUAGAAAAGAGUGAGGAAAAUGUUCUCCAACUUCCCAACCCUCUAAUCCUCAACUCCGACAUCCCAGAUCUCGCUUCUCAGAUCCGGUCAAAGAUCUCAUCCGAUGUUCAAUAUGCUGCAUUAUUUGGCCUUCUCCAUGUUCUUUUCAGCAGAUUAGAAACAUUCAUUGCUGAAUCGGUGAUCAAAUGGUGGAAGUCUGAAAACCCCCUGAUCGCAUUGGAGAGAGUGAUUGUGUGGUGCCAUGACACACCACCGGUCUACCGCUCAUUCUCAUCUGAUGCCAGGUGCCUCAGCUCCAUGACAGACAGUACGAUCUGGAUGCAGUGAGACAAGACAGUACGAAUCUGGGAUGCGGUGACUGGGGAGGAACUCAAAGUCCUCCGAGGACACACUGACUGGGUCCACUCGGUGUCAUUCUCAUCUGAUGGAUCCAGGAUAGCCUCAGUAUCC